AUGCACGGACACGGAGGACACGGAGGACAUUAUGAAGGCGGCCAUGGAGGCUAUGAACAUCAUCAAUCCGGGCAUGGAAAUGGCCAUCAUGGAUCGGCUGUGAAUCACGGAUAUUCAACUGGUCAUGGCUAUGUGCAUGACAGCCAUUCUAAUAUGAGUUACGGUCACAACGGAUCUCAUCAUCAACCAGUCUAUCCAUCGAAUGGUCAUCAUCAAGGCUAUUUCGGAGGCCAUUCAGAUCACAAUUCAGGCCAUUAUUCUGGUCAUUCGGACCAUCAUGGACACCAU